AUGCUUGAUGAAAAUUUGUCAUGUUUGUUAGACGAGAGCGAUGAUGAAUGUGUUAAGAAAAAUAAACUCAAAAAUAAAAAGAAAGAAUUAGAUCCCAUCAGGAAAGACAUAAGAAGUGAAAGCCAUACAAAUUUAUCAAAUUCUGUAUUGAACUUUAACAUUCGUAAUAUAAAGAAUUUGGAUAAUUUUUUUAAAAGCACAAACAGUGAGAAUGCUAAUGUGAAGAAUAGUAAUAACAAUCAGGAUGCAGUAAAUUAUCGUAAUUAUGCAACUUAUCUCCAUUCAAAUGAUAACCCAUCAUUUAGUGAAGAUGAAAAUAACCAGGAAAGGCGUACCAGUGCGAUUAAGUAUGUACAGGACAGACAUCCACAUACUAUAGACUAUGAACUAGUGAGACAUCCGCAUACCAUACGUUAUGAACAAGACAGGCACCCACACACCAUAAGUUAUGAACAGGAGAGGUAUCCGCACACCACAAAUUAUGAACAGGACAGGAAAAAAAGUGUUACAAAUUAUGAACAGGACAGGAAAAAAAGUGUUACAAAUUAUGAACAGGACAGGAAAAAAAGUGUUACAAAUUAUGAACAACCCAGGAAAAAAAGUGCUACAAAUUAUGAACAACCCAGGAAAAAAAGUAUCACAAACCGUGGUCCAAGCGAUAAAAAUCAUGAACAGUUAAGGAAAAACUCAAGCAUUAACAAACUAGGGGUUAAUAAUGAAAAUGCAGGAAAUGGUGAAAUUAGUGAAGGAGUGAGCUAUUCUUAUAACCAUACUCUGUUAAAUAAAAAUGAGGCAAAACAGAACAUUAGAGCAAAAGAGAAAAUUAUUUUGCAUCCUCCUCCUGUAAAAGAUUUAAGUAGUUCGAUUAAAGAAAAAAUUACAAAUAGCUGCAAAUUUAAGAAAAAUCAUAAUGAAAAAAUACAAAAUGAAGGAAAGAAAAGAAAAAAUUUUAUCUGUAAGGAAUAUCUACUCAAAGAGAAGAGUAAAGAAGAUAUGAUGGUUGUUACUACAUGUAAUGAGGGGAAAAAAUUUUCAGAGACAAAUUUUUACAAAGAGUAUUUCAUAACAAAUCGAAUAAAUAAUGAUGAAACAUUGCAAGAAAAACAAAUAUAUAAUAAUAGCAUAAUUACGGACAAAUUUAACAAUUCAAAUAAUUGUAAUAUAUAUAAUGAUAUGGAAAAUGAUGCACCCAUAAUAGCGCAUGAUAUGAAGAAAGAUAAGUGUAUAUCAAAUAUAAAAAAUAAUGAAAAUUUAAAUGUACAGGUAGAUCAUAAUAUAAAUGAAAUAUCUAAUAGGAGUGCUAAUUAUAAUAACCCUAGUACUGAUAAUGAACUUUUAAUUAAAGAAAAAUGUAAAGGUACGAAUAUACCUUUAUUAAAAGGUGAUACAACUGAAUCAACUAUGUUAAGACGAUAUCCUUUAAAAUUAGCAUCAAUAAGAGGAAAUUCCAUAGGCACAAACACUUCUUUAAAUAUUAAUUUACCUUCAUCUAGCACUUGUAUGGAAUCAACAGAAUUGGAACUCAAAAUUAGAAAAAAUAAAAGUCAGAAAAGGAAAGAAUUAAUUUACUAUUUCUCUUUUAUUAAAUAUAAUUCUUGGGUAAAAGCUUUACAAAUAUUAGACUUGCCCCUUGACCCAUUUCACCUGAGUAUAAAUGCACAUAAGUAUAUAGCGGCUAACCACUUUAAUAACAAAUGCACAGCAAAUAACCCCUCUAACCAUAAGUCAUUUCUUUAUAAAUAUAAUAUACACAACAUUUUAAACAAUAAACAGUUUUCUAAUUAUAGAAUUGAGCGAAUGAUAAUUAUUGUUAAAAGCAUAAGAUGUCGAAGUCAUGGGUUCUUCAUCGUAGCUAUGGAUCCCUCAGGUCAUAUGCCUGCUUCUGUACAUAAAGAAGUUGAAAAGGAAUAUAAAAAGUACAUUGAUGUUGGUUCUACUCUAAUACUAAAAGAUGUAACUGUAUUUGAAACGAUAGAUAAUUUUCCUUAUUUAAUAAUAACAUUAAGAAGUCUUGUUAGAGUUAUAAAGGCAGAAGAAACUGAUUAUGCUACCAUGGAAAGAAUAUAUAACCGUAUGUAUCAGUGA